CGCCACGCCUUUUAUCGCGCCUCCGCACCCUCCCGCGACUCAUCUCUUACUUCGGCCCUUUCAACCAUCAACAUCGACAUUGACAUCGAAACAUCUCCCAGUGAACUGGCUUUGCCCCCCAUCCCUGCCUGUCCUGGUCUGUGUUCAGCUCAGCCGUUCAUCUCGGAACGACGCUCUUUUGCCGUUAGUUCCUCCCCAACCUUAUUGGAUGUUCCGCGGCGCCCACGACUCGCUAAAGACGCAUUCCCCCCGCUCUCACGCAACCUACCGUGCGAUCGCUCGAGGCAUCAGAAGCGGACCGCUUGGACCCUCCUACGACACGCUGCCCAUCUUCCGCUCCAGCAGUUGCCGCACCGUUCCACAACUAACCUGUGCUUUUGCGAGCCAGCAUUGACCGGCGGUAACACAAGAUAA